AUGGCGGUGGGAUCGCGGGGACGGCCUCGUCCUGCUAGCAACGGUCGGCUGUCAGGCGCCGUGCUCGUGCUCAUGAGCUGCCUCGCCACGCUCUACACCGGCGGAAGGCUAUGGCGAGACGUGCAGGUGCAGAAGAAGCUGCUGCAGGAGGCGAAGGGCAUGGGAGCUGGAGGCCAGUCGAAACAAGAUAAGAGCGCCAAACCUCUCUCAGUGGAAGACAGCAUACUCACACUCAAGCUCAGGGAACUAGAGAAGCGCCACGCAAUGCUACAGGUCCAGAUGGCGGAGGCCAAGACACGUGGCUUCAUCUCGGCCGUCGGAUCGGCCGCCCCAGACACCUUGGGAAGCGGGUCAGGAGGCGGGGGAACGGACGCAGCAGGGCAUGCAGGGGCAGUGGCAGGGGGGGAAGGGGCGGCAGGAGGUGGAGGCGCGGGGGGAGCGGGAGGUGCGGGGAGUGGGGCGGGGGGGAGGGAGCGGUUGCUGGUGGCGGUGCUGGUGAGCACUGCGUUUGGGAACAGGCAGAGGCGCGAGGCCAUUCGUAGCACCUGGAUGCCCACUGGUGCGCUCAUGGUUGGGGGUGGGGGAGAGUGGGAGGGGGAGUUGGGGGGAGUCGGGGGGAGAAGGGGGGAUAGGGGAGAAUGGGGGGGAAGAGGAGAAGGGGGAGGGGGGAUGGGAGGGGGGAGAGGGGGGAGCACAUCUCUGAAAGAUGAGAUGGGCGUGGUGCUGCUAGCACUUCUGCUUGAUACCCUGCUCCUUACCCCUUCCCCCUCCUUCGCUCCUCGCCCUGCUUCCUUCCCCGCCCGCCCUGCCACGACACCAGGAGCGGCUCUGAAGAAGCUGCAAGAUGAGAUGGGCGUGUUGCUGCGAUUUGCAGUGGGCCACAGUUUGAACCGUGGUGACUCGUUAGAUCGAGCAAUGCUGGAGGAGAGAGACAAGUGCAACGAUAUUGUGGUCAUGGACGAGUACGAGGAGGUGGAGAAGAGCGGGGGGCGCAAGGUGAAGCACCUGUUUGAGUAUGCUGUGAGGCACUGGGACGCGGAUUUCUAUUUCAAAGUCAACGACGAUGUCUAUCUCAGCACCAUGCAGCUGGUGUCGUUCCUACAACGCCUCAAGGACCGAUCAGGGCUCUACAUGGGAUGCUUCAAGUCCGGUGUUGUGGUCACGGAGCCCAAUCAGCAGUGGUUUGAGCCAGAGUGGGCACGGUUUGGCGAUGGCAAACAGUACUUCCAGCAUGCAGCAGCACCGGUCUAUGGACUCUCACGUGACCUCGCCCUUUUCCUUGCCUUCAAUGGGCCACUACUGCAUGAGUAUGCGAACGAGGACAUAUCGGUAGGGUCGUGGAUGCUGGGUCUCACCGCCACCCACCACAACGACCACCGCCUCUGCUGUGCCAGCCCUCCCGAAGAGGACUGUGGACGGAGGAGAGAGGAGAACAAGGGAUGUGUGGCAGUGUCUGAUUGGCGCUGUGGUGGGCUUUUUAUUUCCACUGUCACUCGCCUCGUGAAAGAGGGAUGCGUGGCCGUCUGCCCGUCGGACUAA